AUUUUUCCUCCGAACAAUUCAUUCACCACAACACCAGCGCCGCCGCGACAUCUUGUCGAUGGCUCCAGAUUAUUUGCAACUCCCAACGUUCGCAGGAACAACUACGUUCCUCAACUUGUUCUCGUCUGGGGAGGCGCGGGAUAUCGGUCUUAUUUGGAUUAACAUUUGGAAUAUGUAGAAAAUUUGAGGAUCCCAAGGGCAACAAGGAGCAGGUUGUCCCAUUUAAGUCAGAUCAGGGAGAUGACGUUCAAGGUGUCAUCAAGAUUGCUGAACCUUCGGAAAGGAUAUUAUUAUUACGCUGUCAAUCCUGCGAACCUAUUCAAAAGUGCCACUAGUUCAGGAAAAUCAGGACUAUUAUUAUCCAGCACUGGGGAACGCUAUCUUUCUCACCUGAUGAAAGGAGGCACUUUUUUGUCCACACCCAACGGAAGCUACUCGCCUGUGCAAAAUGAAUUGAUCAUCUCCAGUACUCCUAGCAGCUCAGUAUCAUAUUUCAUGUAUAGUCAGCAUCGGCGUGUUCACUCAUCAGGCCAUGACGAGCAAGAAAAUCAAACUCAGCUCAAUAAAAGGCUCCCUCCCUUGACCCCGCUGCUUCCUGUCAUUAUUUGGCCAAAGUUCACAAACUCAAUAAGAAACUGGUUCUUUACGUAUUUCGUCAUAAAACCCUAUUUCGAUAAAGACUUUUCUAUGCAGGAAUUUAUGGAAGGUGCUCAUGAGGCUGUAUCACACGUGUCUUCAAAAUUGUCAGCAGGGGAGUUUGAUGAUUUGGAGGGUCUCGUGGAGCCGUCAGUGCUACAUGAGUUGAAACAACGGAUAUCUAAUUAUAGCGUUUCACAGCAAGAUUUGCUACGUGUGGCCACGGAAGAUAUAUUUUUUUCUUUCCCGUAUCAAGUCGGAGUCAUUAUUCCUGACUCCCCCGUCGCAGUCACACACGUUGAAUUUGACCAGAAGCCGCUCCCUCCACAAACUCGUCAUGUAGAAAUCACCGUGGUCCUUCAUGUCCUUCGGGGGAUGGCAGAAGUUCAAAGAACAUCCAAGGACACAUUCAGCGUUAUAGAUUUUACAAAAGAUGAAGAAAACAAAUAUCGUGUUAUGGUUUUGAACUACCGAUUUUUUAGAGAUUUUACUGUUGGGUGCAAAGAUCCUACUUGGAUCAUUAAUAUGGUCAAUCACUUUCUUCCAGCGGAAAUUCAACGCUAGUAGGCGUGCGUGUGUGUGUACUCGUGUAGGGGUCUAAUAAUUCGUUUGAACGGAUUUCUUUUACCUCGUUAUUUUAAAAGACUAUAAAUCCCAAAGUCAUUUAAAGUCAAUCUAAAAGUCAUCAGCAGCGUCUAAUUUAUGUAUUAAAAGUGUGACACUUUUUAUGUGUUGUAUGGUAAUUCCGGUUGCCGUUAAUUUGUGUACGAUAGAAAAAGCAUUCGCCAAAACUUAAUGAUUACAAUGAUUUAAUAUUAAUGUUCUUUUGAUGUGUAGUGGAAAAAUCAUGCAAAUAAAUGAAGUACAAUAUUAAGGGAUA